AUGAGAUUAUUAAAAUAUCCUCUGGAUAUCCAUAAUGAACAAGUGAAUGCCUUGGCCGCCCUUGGUCCUUAUAUUAUAUUGGCAGGCAGCGAGGGUCACGUGAUGGCGUGGAAACAGCAACAAUUAGUCGAUACGGCAUUUGAUAGGGUUAUGAUUAAGGAUCUGAAGCCUGAAAUUUCUUUCCAGGUAGACCAAGAUACUACCGGUGAUAUUUUCUUUUUAACAGGCGAUCUCGAAACAUUGUAUAUUGGAUCUGAACACCGUCUGCGGGGUUAUUCUGGUUGGCUCUGUAGAGAUACAACUAACAUCAAUUCUGUCGAAAAGAUGGAAAGUAAGCUCCUAUUCGAGUGUAAGCCUCCAAGCACUAUAACGGACGUGAAGUAUGACAUAAACUUAGGCAUCUUAUUUGUCCUUUUAAGUAAUGAAAAUAAGAUACUGUUGUUUCGGCAUAAAAGCUUUGAUAAACUAUCGGAAAUACCUAUCGACAAGGCGAGCAAACCUAUUACAGGCAUAGUAGAUCCUACUGGCCAAACAUUUACUAUUAUGACUUCAGAUAGAUCAAUUUUAGUUUAUCAAGUCAACAAGACGGGCACACACAAACUUAUAAAUAAAUUAACACAGCAUGUACAAAUGUAUCCAUUACAUUAUAGAAUCUCAAUGUCGCCUCAGGCAGAUGUUUUACCAGUGAUAAACUCGGUGAAAGGCGUACCGAAUAAUGCAACCAGUUGUACCACUUUGCUUGACAGGAAUAACAACUAUAAAGUUUCGAAAACUCUAGUUACACCUUCUUCAAAUGGAUGCAGAGUUCUUGUUUAUUCUCCAGCAUUCUAUGAAAAGCCUAAUCUGAAAAAGGGUACCAGCACACGCUAUAACCUAAUCGCUACUUCAGGAUCUACAGACGGUACUAUUUUAGUUUGGAACACAAAGAGAAUGAAACCUUUGUUUAAUGCUCUCCAGGUUUCCUCCACCGCAAUAAACGAUAUGUCAUGGUCCCAGGAUGGGUUUACCUUGUUUGCCAUUUCAAACGAUGCAACAUUGUAUACAUUCGCAUUCCAGGAGAAGGACUUAGGUGUAGCACUGCCUCAAAAGGAAAUCAAAUUGCUGCAAGAAAUAAAUAAAAAGCUUCCAAAGCUUGAAGAACCAUUAACAGAACAAAUACCAAGAAAUUCCCCAGAAAACGUCAAACUAGAAGAAUCUUCAAGCACAGCAUCUAUUCCAAACGAUGUUGCCAGAUCCACCGCGGGGAGGAAGCUUUCCAAAAAAAAAACGGCUAACAAUCAAACUAAUGGCAUCAAAACAAUCCAGAGCACAUCAAUGGAAUUCAACGCUCCAUCAUACACUGUGCCGAGGGAUUUGAAAAGAAAACCAAAAGAAGUAACUCCGAGUAACAUUGCCUCUAACAGCAAAAAGCAGAAAAGAGAGCUACAGCCAAUUGAUUUUUUAGAUACCGGCUUGCUCCUCCCCAAUACUUCUUUCUCAAGAGUUAGACUUGCAACACCGAAAAUCAGAUCGACAUUCAAAUACUCCCCAAUUAACAAUCCAAACUUAAUUCUCGAUGUUAAAAAUGGAUCUGGCAAUGAACAAAGGCCGACAAUUGUGAAGCUUACCUCAAAAGUACUGGAUCAAGACCAAGUUCUGUUUCAAGAUUUUAUUCCAAAACUCAUAACAAUCUGCACGGCAGGUGACACUUUUUGGUCAUUCUGUAGUGAGGACGGAAGUAUUUACAUAUAUUCUGAUUCCGGUAGAAAACUAAUGGCACCUCUACUAUUAGGUGUUAGCAUUAGUUUUCUUGAAGCAUGUGGAAACUAUCUACUUUGCCUAACAAGCAUAGGGGAACUUUAUUGUUGGAACAUAGAGCAGAAGAAGCUGGCAUUUCCCACCAACACUAUUUAUCCAUUGUUAAAUCCAUCAUUGCGAUAUUCAGAUGAUAUAUUGACCAGAGCUGAAAAUAUAACUCUAUGCUCUAUUACAAAAAAGGGUGUACCACUAGUUACACUGAGUAAUGGCGAUGGCUACUUGUUCGAUAAGAAUAUGGAAACGUGGCUUUUGGUAAGCGAUGGAUGGUGGGCCUAUGGUUCUCAGUACUGGGACACUACUAAUACUACUGGAUUAUCCUCUAGUAAAGCGAAUACAAACACUUUUAAUGGCAAUGAAUCUAAUAUAAAUGAAAUAGUUAGUGACAUUAAGAAUGAUAAUCAAAGUGUCAUUAACUUUUUGGAACGCAAAACGAAUGACGAACUUAAUAGAAAGGGCAGGAUUAAGAAUUUACAAAGAUUCGCUAGGACAAUCUUAAUGAAAGAAGGCUUUGAAAAUAUGGAAGAGAUCGUAACUCUGUCUCACCUAGAAAACAAAAUCUUAAUAAGUAUCAGAUUGGAGGAAUCCGAAGAAUUUUCGAAAUUAAUGAUGGUUUAUUGCAUCCGUCUGAGUGAAUUGGGGUAUAUGGAACGUUUGGACGAUGUUUUUCAAUGGUUAUAUGAUGACGUCCCCGUCAGUGGUACCGGCUCAACGUUUGCCGAAAAGGAUUUUAUGAGGAAUCUUCUAAAAAAGAUACUGAUUGCAUGCGGUGAUAUCAGACAGGUUCAAAGAGUUACUACACGUUAUGCCAAGGAAAUGAAUAUAAUAUCAUAG